CAUUUGGCAACGUGUUUGAGUGUUUUUAUCCUAUUAUAAAAAGGAGAUAAUUUAUAAUCGUGAAACAUCAUGACAUCUCCACCUAUUAAAUAUACGACCAACAGAGCCAUUGAUCAUUUCAAUGUUGCAGCUACACUCAUGAAAAUCAUCGGCUACGUCGACUGCAUUGAAGGCCUGAGAGAGUUGCCAAAGUCUCCAUCUAAGUGGAUUUACAAGUGCAUUUUAAAUAACAAUGAUGGCAGAAGGGUUCGCAUACUUUGCUCGGGGGAUGAUGCUCUCAAAUACAAGGAUGAGAUCAAGAUGUAUCAGAUAAUAAAAAUCACUGGAGGGAUUAUUAAAGCGGCCAAUCCACAGUAUCGGCGAUCAACGGACACUGUGAGCGACAAAGAAUUUCAAUUUGCACGUAGGAGCACUUUCGACAUCUUUGGCACAUUUAACAUUACGAAUGGAGCUGACAAUGGAAGGUCGAAGGUCAUCUCAUAUAAAAAAUUGAGAUGGAGAAAGUUUGUGCUGCUCGCGGGCCAGUCCAGAUCACUGGAUGGCUCAAAGAGCCAUUCAGAAGCAUUACCAUGUCCUGACUGAGGAUGUAGCCCUCAAUGAAGAUGAGUUGGAUGAUGCUGUCGAAGCACCUCCUCUCAUUCUCAAACGAGGGGCAGCUGAAUCUGCAUCUGGAGAGGCGAUGGACGUCGCGAAUAAGAAACUGAAAGCUGAAUAGCUUUAAUGACGGGCUAUUUACUCUGGAAGUUCAAUUGCAAAAUUGAAAAUUUUUUCUAUAACAAGUUCUAAACUGUUAUUUUUUCACACAAAAAUUGAGUUCUAUAACAAGUUUAACACUGUUAUUUUUUUACGCAAAAAUUGAAUUCUAUAACAAGUUUAAUACUGUUAUUUUUUUACACAAAAAUGAAACAUUGACAAGCUUGAGCUCUUUAAGAAUCUGAUUUUUUACUUUUAAAGACUGCCAACUUCAUAGCAGUAACGUUAAUACUCAUUUAGCUUUAACAACCAAAACAGAUGGAAUUAUAAUAAUCUAUUCAUGAACAUUAGUAUUUAUUCAGAAUUUAUUUCAAUAUAUGGCCCUGUUUUUGAAGAAAAAGUAUUACUAAACAUUUGUAUUUUUUAUAUAUAACAGAGAAAACUGAAGACUAAUUAAUUUUAUGAUUAAAGUAGAUAAAGCUCUCCGGAAUCACAGAUAAGUGAUACAAAGGAUGUAUUCAUGUUAAUGUUUGUUCAUAGUUCUUAACAUAUGUUGUAAUGUCAAUUAUAAUUGUUGGAACAUUAUUUUUGUUUUCAUUUCAAAAUCCGUCCCACUCCUGUAAAUGUUUAUUGAACGCAAGUGGCAUAGGUUUGGAGUUAAUGGUUUCAUUAAUAAAAAUUUAAAACGCGAUUUUUUUGCAGACAUUCAGUUUGAACCUUCCCUACGGUUGUAAGUCGCAGGUAUACACCUUAGUGCGGCAACAAUGUCUCCUGCACUACUACUCACGAAAAAAAAUUCGCAAGCAGCGAUGUUCUUGGUUAUGUGAAGGGAAUAAAUAAUCUCAAUCGCAUAAUUUGAUGUUCACAAAUAAUUAGAAAAUCUUUAAUUAUUAGAUUAGAUUAUUAUGAGACUAAGAACGCCCUCUUCCUGACUUGACUGAUUGCUGUCGCUAUUAUAGCUAAAUCUCGAAUUUGCGGAAAUGUUCUCGAUUCUGUAUACCGUAUGCUGCCUCGCACUGUAUAGUAUAUGCAAUCUUAGAGCAAUCGAAAUAUAUUAAGAUUUUCCCAAUUGUCUUUUUCCAUGAGU